GCAACAUGCGCGGCGGUCUCAGCCGGCUAAUGGACAAGGGCAGACACCACUUCCGACAGACGCUGAGCCCAACUGACGACGCAUACCUUUCUUACCAUGACAUAAGGUGUGAGUACGCAACGCCCGCCGACCACGCCAUGCGCGCCCGUAUGGACCAGGCUGAUACGUCGUAGUAAUGCGAACGGAUGUCGAGAGCAUCAAGGAUGACUGGCUCACAGACAACGCUAUCGCGUUCUGGCAAGA